AGCUGUGUAGCAGGACUACAGGGGUACUAUUUCCCACCACUUCCAUCCAUCUUCUUCUAUACCGAAAAUUUCGAACUCUCAAUCCCUUCAUUUCUAGGGUUUCUGCAUGGCAUCUUCUGAAGAAGAAGGCGAAAUCAUCCCCGUUUGUGUCACAAACUACCUACUUGUGAACGAUCGUAAUGCGCCGACUUCAUUUUCGCAGUUACCGCUUCAUUGGAGUGAUCAGGAGAACCUAAUCGACAAGAACAGAACCUCAUCGGUUGUGUAUUUGCGCGGAACUACUGACGGAGGUCUUCAACCGGUCUACAAGGAGGUGAUCGCUUGGAAGUUGGAACUUUCUCAUAUAGUGCCGCCUAAAAUAUACGUUCUUUCCAAGGGGAAAACAUGGAUACAACUCCAGGAACCAAGGAAUAUGUACAAAGAUGUCAUUAAGACUUUUUUGAUCGUGGUUCGGUGUCUCCAUUUUGCGAAGAGGAAUGCAGGUGCAAGUAGAGAUCAGAUUUCGAGUCAUUUGGUGAAAACAUUGAGAUCGGAUGAUGUGAUUGAACCUGUAGAGAAGUAUCUCUCUGCUCACUUGCCGUUAAUACAGAGUGCGGUGGCUAAAGACAAGGAUUUGGCAAAAUCAAAGUUUCUUAAAACGUUUCUUAUGGAGAUUGAGAAUCCUGGGAGAAGAGAAUACCUUCAUGAGUUAAAGGAGAAUCAAACAAAAACCAAGUCCAAGUUCAUAGUUUCUGAUGAUGAAGAGCUAGAGGAUAAUGAUGAUGAAUCUGAUGAUGAAGAUGAAGUAUUAUUUGAUUCUGUUUGUGCAUACUGCGACAAUGGUGGUGAUGUUCUCCCUUGUGAAGGUCAAUGUAUGCGAUCUUUCCAUCCAACCAUAGAUACAGGAGUAGAAACUUCUUGUGAGUCUCUUGGCUUUGCCAAUGCAGCUGAAUAUGAGGCAAUUCCAACUUUUCUUUGUGGCAACUGUAAACACAAGAAACAUCAAUGCUUUGUUUGUGGAAUGUUGGGUUCUUCUGAUAAGUCUUCUUCUACUGUUGAGGUGUUCCCUUGUGUUUCUGCAACUUGUGGCCACUUUUAUCACCCUGGAUGUGUUGCAAAAUUGAUCCACCCUUCUGAUGAAACCCUAGCCAAUCAACUUCAGAGUCAAAUAGCUGCAGGAGAAUCAUUCACUUGCCCUGUUCAUAAAUGUCGUGUUUGUAAACAAGGAGAAAAUAAAGAGGUUCAUGACUUGCAAUUUGCAGUUUGCAGACGUUGCCCAAAGGCAUAUCAUCGAAAAUGCUUACCUAAGGCAAUUGGUUUCAAGGCUAGUGUUGAUGGAACAAUUAAACAAAGGGCAUGGGAUGAUUUGUUGCCAAAACGCAUCUUGAUGUAUUGCACGAAGCAUGCUAUUAUUCCAAAUCUUUUGACACCAAAAAGGGAUCAUCUUUUAUUUCCUCGUGUCACAAGAAAAAGAAAUCAAGAAGGAAGUAAAGUGUUGAUGACAUCUGUAAAGAGUAAAGCUUUUGGAAACCUCUCAAACACUGACACUGACAUUGACACUGACACUUCAAACAUGCCAAAAGUUGUUGAGAAGUGGGAUAAAAACAACACCAUCACUUAUGGUGAUAAGAAUAAAAUAUUAGAGAAAGGGAAGUCUUCCUUGAUUUCUAGAAAUUCAGAGCAUCAUUCCACCAUUGGUCAAAACAAGUCAACACAAAAAGAUAUACAAAGAGAACAAGUCUUUGCUUCUAAGCCAGUGAAGAAGAUAGUGAAGAAGAUAAUACUGGAUAGACCUCCUGUAGUAGAUAAUGAUAUGAAAACAAGGAUUUUGAAAAUAAUCAAAGACUCAACAUCUUCAUUUGAUGUUGAAGAAUUUUUAAAGGAGAAGAGAAAGAGAUGCACUCAUCAAAUAUACACCCCACAAACAGGGUUAGAUAAGACAAUUACCAUGGGAAAAGUGGAGGCUUCUGUUAAGGCAGUGAGAACAGCCUUGAAGAAAUUGGAGGAUGGGGGUAGUGUUGAGGAUGCAAAAGCUGUUUGUGAACCAAAUGUUUUAAAUCAGCUCACAAAAUGGAAGGAAAAGUUGCAUAUUUUUCUUGCUCCUUUUCUCAUUGGAGCACGCUACACCUCUUUUGGACGCCAUUUUACUAAAGUUGAUAAACUUAAGGAGAUAGUUGAGAGACUCCAUUGGUAUGUAGACGAUGGUGAUACAGUAGUGGACUUUUGCUACAAGAAUUAUGACCUCAUCACACCAAAGAACACAUUCAGUUUUGAAAAGAGAGAUUGGUUUAGUGUCCCUGUUGAAGAUCUACCUGAUGGGUCUCGUUUGGUAAUGGGAUUAAAUCCUCCGUUUGGAGUCCAAGCUUCUCUUGCUAACAAAUUUAUCAACCAUGCUCUCAAGUUCAAACCAAAGCUUUUAAUCCUUAUUGUUCCAAAAGAAACCAAAAGGCUUGACCAAAAAUGGUAUCCGUAUGAUUUAAUCUGGGAGGAAGAGCAUAUGCUUUCUGGCAAGUCGUUUUACCUACCGGGAUCAGUAAGUGUUCAAGAGCAGCCAUUAGAUGACUGGAACGUGGUGUCACCCCCACUCUCUCUCUGGAGUCGACCCGAAUGGACUCCCAAACACAAAUCAAUAGCCGAAAAACAAAACCACAUCAACCAAACCCAAUCCAACUUAAACCACAAAAAACAACUCUCCAAUUACCUAAUGGAAGAAACCCAAGACUGUUACAAUGACUUCUCGAAUAUCAUCACGACAAACUAUCCAGACAUCUCCAACAUCUUGGACGAUGUUCCGGAAGCUUCCGAUGCUACUGGAACCGGAACUCAUUAUGACGACCUCUCUGACAUGGACCUUGGAAGCCCGUUGGUUUCCCCACAACUUUAUACAGAUACAACCACCAGUCUUCCAUAUGAAUCAGUCAGUGGGUUUCAGAAUCAUGCUUUUUCAACCUACCAUGAUUUUGCUAACUAUGGUGUUGGUCACCCUAUGUACCCAACUAUGCCUCCUCCUACAUUUACUUAUCAAACCGAUGCCAACAUUUGGCCACCAGGUAUGUUGCCUCCUGAUUUUGGAAAUUAGAGUAUGUUGUAUACAAAACGUUAACUUACUAUUAGAUUAUGGAUUCGGAUUUGGGUUUACUUGAUUGUGGUCCAUAUUGGUUUCACACUAUUGUAGUGAAGUACACAAAAACCAUUUUGCAAAGUAUAUGGUUUCAUGAUAAUUUUAAAUAAGGU